AUGAAUGUAGUAGCACUUACCUCGUCAUGUUGGUUACAUGGACUCCCUGCACAACCUCCCGGCGGUCAGCAAAGAUUUCUCCACCACCCCGACGAGCCUGCUCCAACAGACCUUGACGCUAGAGCCAACCGACAGUUCGAUCCGCCAUCUGCUGAUCAGCAUGGAGUCGCCAGAGCUCGCCCGCCUUCACGGCAGUCCUUCUCGCGGCUCCACGAGCUGCGCGACGAGGUCGUCACGGAGGUGAUAUCCCGGCUCAACCCACCACCGCCGGGCGAGGAUGAGGAGGAGGAGGAGCAGUACUGUGAGCUGGACGUCUGUGUCGACUUCACAAAAUCCUGGCUCGCGCCCGCACAGGCGACCCCGAGAUGGCUGGCGGUGUCUUGCUCGGACCCCUUUGGCGUUGUUCCACGCUGGGACCUGUCAGCCUUGCACUCGUCGCACCUCCAACACCUCGAACUUGAAAAAGGUCACCUUCUCGUAUCGGUCGCAGGUGGAGUGGAUAGCUGCGCAGAAGAUGCUUCGGACGCUGUGGUUGCACAAACUGCCCCAUCAGGCUGCAGUGGCGGACCCACGGUGUGUGUACGAGGGCGAGCUGGAAGUCGGAGCGCUGUUCAGGUACAGCUCGCGGCCGCAAACCAUGUAGGACGUUUGGGUCAGCGAGCUGCGCUGGGCAACUGUGGUCGAGGACCUUUGCGCGAAGCUGCCGGAGCUGAAAGGAUCGUCCAAAAUACUCCAGCCGUUCUUGAGCUGCCGUUAUACCACACCUUCAAGGGCACACGUAUAAAGCACUGGAGCAUAGUUCUCAGCCUGAAGAACAGCUUCAACGGCAUGACCCAUUGGCUCAGACCUUUACGGCUGCAGAAGUUUCACGACAUCGCGGCGUUUGAAAAGGUUCAAAACACGUUGUUGCGGCUGAGGAUGGAAGACGAUGAGCGGCUGAAUGACAUCGCGGAGCGAUUCGUAGACUCUGUUCAGGGAGGUCGUAAACACCCAAAUAGGACGUAG